AUGAGGGCUACACUCCGGCUGUUGGCCAAUGUCAAGCCCCGGUAUCUGGAGCCUUUUGCUCCGACCGGAUUGACCGGCCUGACCACCCAUCCAAGCCCCCGACCGACUCUGAUCUACUAUUACUACCAGACCUUGCACAAGCUCCAGUCCUUCCCUGAGUCGUCCGCAUACCGCCAAUCCGUCGAGGCGACCACCCGCCACCGUCUUAACAUCGUCGAGUCGAAGAUUCCUCCCGGUUUUGAGGCCUGGAAGGAGCGCGUGGACAAGCUUCUGGAGGCCGAGCCAGAGCGCUUCGCAUCGCUCAAGCAAUCCGAAGGACCCUUCCGCUAUGUCGGCCGUCAGGUCGCAGACGGAACUGAUGACCCUCGUGGUCAGGCCUGGGAUGGUGAGGAAGAAGGCAUUAGCACCGAGGGACCUGUCCGCACCCCGGAGGAGUUGGCCGAGUGGGAGAAACUCAUGGAAGAGGCCUCCAGAGAGCCAUCGGCAAGUGACUGGAUCCGGGGCGAGGUGAAGCUUGAGAACGAGCCCGCUCUCGAGGCAGACCAGGUUGCUCAGAUUGAGAAGGAAAUUGGCCACGGCCUCCUGGAAGAAGUCAUUGAGGUCGCCAAGGCCGAGCUGCAGCUCGUUGAUCAAAUGCAUGACGCCAAGGUUUGGGAGGAGCUUGAGGAGAAGCCCGCUCCGGGCCAGUGGUCUUAUUUUGAGCGCCAUUAA